UUCUGCAGAUGAGUAGAGAACCCGAAUUUAAAAACAAAAAAUAUACUAUAAAAAUAAUUAUAUAUUUUUGGCUGGCUUCCAUUUCCAUAGAUAAACAAUCUGUGGCAUCUAAAGAACACGUCUUUAAAUCUCUAUAACCUCCAAAACCUCGCUGUCUUAUAUUUCGACAUAAACCCACAAAUCUAGAACACUAAACAGGUCAGUCUUUCAAUUGUUUCGAAUCUAAAUUUAAUAGCAGAUGGAGAUUGAUAGAGCAAUCAGAGAAAGUGAUGACAAAAGGCUGAAAACCAAGUACAAUAACGCCAUCUAUGUGAUUCAAAGAGCUCUUGCUCUCUACUCGGUUGAAGAGGUUGCCUUCAGCUUCAAUGGAGGCAAGGAUUCAAUAGUUUUGCUACAUUUGCUGAGGGCGGGGUACUUUUUGCAUAAAGGGGGACAGAACUGUUCCAAUGGGGGUCUGACUAGUUUUCCUAUUAGAACAAUUUAUUUUGAAAGUUCUUCUGCAUUCCCUGAGAUCAAUACAUUUACCUAUGAUACUGCCUCAAGCUAUGAUCUGCAACUGGAUAUCCUUCGAUCAGAUUUCAAAUCUGGAUUGGAAAAUCUACUGAAAGCCAAUCCCGUCCGAGCUAUUUUUCUUGGUGUUCGAAUUGGCGACCCUACUGCAGUAGGCCAAGAACAGUUCUCUCCUAGCUCACCUGGGUGGCCACCUUUCAUGAGAGUCAAUCCUAUCUUAGAUUGGUCCUACAGAGAUGUCUGGGCCUUUAUUUUGACUUGCAAAGUCCAGUACUGCAGCCUUUAUGAUCAAGGCUAUACUUCAAUAGGGAGCAUCCAUGACACAGUUCCAAACACGUUGUUAUCUAUCAGCGACUCUAGUUGUAAAGAAAAAUUUAAACCUGCAUAUUUGCUUGUUGAUGGAAGAUUGGAAAGAGCUGGACGAGUGAAAAAGCUGUCUCCCUCCACCACCAGACAUCUUCCUGGUGUUAAUGAUAGUCCUGAGAAUGUGGUUUCGCAUAGAAACAGCACUCCAGUCGCUUCAGUCAUUGCUGUGGGUGAUGAGAUUCUGUUCGGCACAGUUGAGGAUCAAUUGAGACCUUCGUUAUGUAGAAAGCUCCAUUCCGUUGGUUGGUUGGCAUCACAAGCUGCUGUUGUACGGAAUGACGUGGAUUCUGUGGCUGCCGAGGUUGAGCAGCGAAAAUCUACCAAUGAUAUGGUAUUUAUAUAUGGAGGAGUAGGUCCAUUGCAUUCUGAUGUUGCCUUAGCAGGUGUUGCAAAGGCUUUUGGUGUUCGACUGGCUCCUGAUGAAGAGUUUGAAGAAUAUCUUAGGCAUCUUAUUGGUGAUCAUUGCACUGGCGAUCGAAAUGAGAUGGCUUUGCUCCCUGAAGGUAUCACUGAAUUAUUGCAUCACGACAAGCUUCCCGUCCCUAUGAUCAAGUGCCGGAAUAUAAUCAUUCUUGCUGCAUCAAACAUUUCUGAGCUGGACAGAGAAUGGGAGUGUUUGACAGAGUUAACAAGUUCAUAUGGCCUGCUAGCUAUGAUGGAACCAUUUCUAACAAAACAUUUGACAACAAAUGUUUCAGAUGUAGAAAUUGCUCAACCUUUAUCAAAACUGUGCCUUGAAUUUCCGGAUAUUAACAUCGGGGUCUAUCGCAAAUCAAGAAAUGGGACUCUCGUAGUUACUUUUGAGGGAAAGAAGCAAGCACGGAUCGACUCAGCUGUGGAAGCAUUGCGCAAGAAGUUCCAUCCCGGGGUAUUCUCUGAAAUCAACUAAGCUUUUGGUUCUGCUGAUGUUUGAACUUUCGCCUUUGAGAAGUCCAGAAUGUGAUAGCUUAUCCAAUAGCUAUUCCACAUGUGCAAUAGGAAAACGCUUACAAUUGAUCCCGAAGAUGGUGAAGAAGGUAGAGAAAUAUGAUCAUUGAAUACUGCAAAAAUCAUAUAUGCAUUCAUAGUGCUUAUAUGUAAUCCUUAACUUUCAUAUGCUCCAGUAUAAUGGUAGAUGAUCUCCAUUUCAUGGGUAGAUACUACAAGACACUGAAAAGAAAAAUAACAGAAACAAGUGGGAGUGUACAUUUGGUUCAAAUAGAAUUGAAUCAAUUUUAUAAGAAAUUUUAAUGUUUCAAACUAAAUUAAAUUUUGCUGUAA